AUCGUAGUCACCACAAUCAGCCUCAGAAGAGGAGAUGACCUCGAACUAAAGAUACCCACCCAAUAAGACCAUAUAGCAUGUCAAGAUGAAGAACCAGCUACAACAACCUCGAUCCCGCUACCAUACCUAUUGCCUCCGAGUCUCCUUGAUCCCCAUAACCUUGAUCCUAGCCUUCUGCGUCCUCUUGACCACGCUCGACUUACUAGGAAGACCGGUCAACCCGGCUAGGAACCAGCAUUUAGGGUGGCAGAGUUGGGAUGUGGUACGGUAUCCCAAGACCGAACAGGGCGUCAUCUCCUCUGGCGAGCUUCAGGGGUCUAAAGCUGGAGGAGAGGAUGAUACCCCUGCGGAUUCUCUGGGUGGCGAGGACGGUAUCGAUGGGAUGGACUCGUCCUUUGCUCCAAGCUUACCUCUGGGGAACUGGGACCCUACUUUGAGGCAUACGACGGGGUUGACAGAGGUCACGGUCAUGCCCUGCUUCUUCCCACCUUGGAUCUACCCCCGGUUGUGUAGCCCGCCUACUACACCUGAGGAGGACAAGUUGAAAGGGAGGUGGGUGAGGGUAGAGAGGGAUCUGAACGUCAAGUCGGGGUUAUGGUACCUGAACAUCUACUACCGCCGUACCCGCCGCCUAGACGUCCCUUUAAUAACCUCCCUUCUCCUCCUACCGGAAAGCGCCUCCCCACCGGGUCAUAUCAACCUCUCACAGUAUACCAUGGCAAAAGGGAAUUUCCGGGACGGGGUGUGGCCGAAGCAGGAAGCGUUGAGGAUGUGGUACAAGACCCGGGAUGGGAACAAGGCUGGUCUGAGUAAAGGAGGGGUUCAUUAUAGGAAUAAGAGGAGGGAUAGUGGGGAGUGGUCGCAAUGGGAUACCGAUCUGGAGGAAGAAGAGGAGACGGAACUCGAAGGACAUUCUACAUCUACCGCCAACGUUCACGCCAAUGAUGAUGACGACGAGAUCAUCACCGAGAUCGACGUCCUCUUCGGUGACAACAGGCCUUUUUGGUCUUUCGAGCGCGUUACCAACGGACCGGUCGUACAGCGGAAAGAGGGCAAGUGGGAGACGGUGGAUAUCGUGGUCAGGAAAGGGAAUCCCGUCACGCCCUUGGCGCCUGUUCCUCGAUUUGGUAAGGAUGGCAAGUUCAAGAUCCUGCAAAUCGCAGACCUACAUUAUUCGGUCGGACAUGGUGAAUGCCGAGAUACUCCCAAGCAGAACUGCGUAGGGGACGAUGAUACGCAAGACCUCUUGGGCAGGAUGCUGGACGAGGAGAAACCGGACUUGGUGGUCUUUACCGGGGACCAGCUGAACGGACAGGAGAGCAGUUGGGAUGCGAAGAGCGUGAUAGCCAAAGUCACCGGGCUUGUCAUUGAUAGGAAGAUCCCUUGGACGGCCAUCUUUGGCAACCAUGAUUCCGAGAUUGCGGAUGAUCGAGCGGCGCAGAUGAAGUAUAUGCAGACGCUGCCUUACUCGUUGGCCGAGCCCGGGCCGCAGGGUGUUGAUGGGGUAGGCAAUUACAUCGUCAAGCUAUACUCGCACGACGCAUCCAUGAUGCACCUCUUCACCCUCUACUUCCUCGACUCGCACGCUCGACAGAAACGUAAACUCCCCUGGGUGUGGUCGGACUACGAUUACCUGAAACCCAGCCAGAUCGACUGGUUCUUGAACACAAGCGCCUCGAUCAAGCCGAUCGAACGGCCUUUCACGCCUGAUGGCGCGGAAGACCUGGGCAAGAUCUGGAAGAAGCGGGCCGAUGGGGGGAAGGCUAGGUUGGGGGAUCGGGAGCAAAAGAGGACGUUGGCGAAACCGAACGCGAUGAUGUUCUUCCACAUCCCGUUGAUCGAGAGCUAUAUCCCGAUGGAUGUGGACGAGGAGACUGGGGAGGAAAUGAACGUCGGUAUGGAAUUGGGCGGGGACGGGCCCGGGAGCAGCAAGACGAACGGAGGAUUCUUCGAGAACGGGUUGCUGCAGGCGCCGGCUGUUCCGGAAGACGUCGCCGAUCAGGAAGUCAAUAUGGAUCGGAUGGGAGGAUUAGAAGUCAAAGUUGUCGGACAUGGCCAUUGUCAUAACACCGACCAUUGCAGGAGAAAUAACGGGAUUUGGUUCUGUUUCGGCGGCGGUAGCUCAUACGACGCCUACGGAAACAUGGAGUUCGACCGGAGAGUACGAAUCUACGAGAUAUCCGACUUUGGAGAGACGGUAAUCACCUGGAAGCGGACGGAACACGACGAGGUAAUCGAAAAGCAGUUGCUCGUUAGCGAUGGGCAAUCUAUGAACGUCAAGCUGGUCGACUAGGCAUGGCGGUCCACUUGGAAGGCUUGCAUCUCUGCAACGGACGUGUAUAUAGACAGACAGAGAGGUCCGUACCGUUGUAACUUGACUCGUAUGAUGAGCGCACCAUACCCCAUACCAUCUAAGUCCCCAUGUAGAAAGGUACCUUUGAGAGCUCUACAACGGAGAUCAAAAGUAUAACGCUUCUUCGCUCG